UUCCCUCAAGAUUUCUCAAUCAAAAGAAACUGUGAAGUCUGCAGGGAAAGACGGCACACACUGCAAAGGACAGUGUCCUCCAGCAGCUUAGGACCCCUGAGGAGAGAAAGAUGGAGGGGACAGGGACACCGGGAUGGACGCUGAGGGAGCCACUGCUGCUGCUGCUGCUCUGUGCCUCAGGACUUCAUGCUGAAGGCCAGUACGAGGAUCAUGAGUGUGUGGGGGAAGGGCAAGACGUGUCAGUGGACUUUCACUACAACAGCAGAUACAAGUACAGCUUCAAGGCCUGGCAGCGGGUGGAGAGCCAGGGCCCCCCAAAGACUCUAGUGCAGACGGAGACGAAAAACGAAGACCUGAACCGGGCCCAGGUGGGGAGGUUCGUCGUGGAGGACAACCCCACCACUGGCAUCAUCAACAUCACCAUGAUGCAGUUCCAGAGGCAGGAUGUGGGACUGUACCAGUGCGUCAUACUCGUUGAGCCCCUCGUUACCCUGCCAUAUCCAGUUUGGCUGAGCCUAUGCCCAGAUUCUUCAAGUACCCAUGCCUCCGGCAUGAGCUCUACCCUGGACUUGACCAAAACGUCUGCUCCUACUACCAUGGAGGGACUGACCCAGAAUUUGGCUGAUAUUUCCACUUUUCCUGCCACAGAGCAUCUGAGCACAACCCACAGAAACCACAGAACUGUGACUCAGCCUCUCUCUAAGCCAACGGCUGUCAUCCCCUCUCCUGACCCUGAUGGGACAGGUGUCAUCAGGGUCCCCUUCUUUGGCAUCGUCAUUCCUGUGGUCUGUGGACUCUUCAGCAAGAGCCUGGUCUUCAUCAUCCUGUUUGCUGUCACGCAGCGGUCAUUCAGCCCAUGAGCCUUUGACAGCAACCCUUCCCUUCCUGCUAGAGCUACAUCCAUCCGGGAGUGGUGUCAAAGAGCAUGGGAGGGAAAGUGGGCGGCCCCAGGUGACUCCUGGGGCUCAGGAUCCCCUUUCCUGUCCCGGUCUUUCCUGCUCACUUUGACUGUAUGCUUGGCUCCUCUUUGGAGGGGAUGGCACCACCCCAGCACAAGCUGGCCCUCCAUUCCACCUUCAACUUGGCAUGAAAUAAAGACGGAGCCACCUACUUCUCGCUGUGGCUGUCUGUGGUGGUCAUGAGUUGUAGAGCCACGGCUGAGACCUCUGCCCGUUUUCCCCUGCUGGAUGGGACCGUUUUGGCCAUCUGGAUAGAAGGCCAUUGAAGAAGGCUGGUGCCCUCUCAGCCAGAGUCAGAUGCCUGUGUUUCUCCUUUAGACUGCAGCCCUCCAGACACUCCCAGCCACCAAGAGAGCAGAUGACAAGAUGUCACCAGGCCAGUCAGAAGUGGGGAAGAGCGGCUGAUAAAAGAGGUAGGGCGUGGAGGAGCUGGCUGGAGAACUGGGAAGGGCCUUUCAGUCUCAGGACUACUGGGCAGGGCCACGUGGUGCCCAGGACCCUGCAUUCAGAGCGUCUCCCUGGCUCGCACGAGACGCAGAUGCCCUAAGGGAGAGCAGAGGCCGGGAGCAUCCUGCUAGCGCGACUCCUCCUGGAACUCCACUCUUUGACGUCUGGACACAGAAUGCCAUUUUAUUUUUGCUUUGUAUCCUGUUCUCUCUGUUUAGCCCAAGCUCACUCGACAGACCUAGGUCUUUCCUUACC